UUUUAUUUUCAACAAUGAAAUUACCGUAAUAUAAAAAAUAAAGUAAUAAAAUUACACAAAAUUGUAUGUGACAGUAUGGAUUACGUUGGAGUUGCAAAACACAGGAAUUGUUUAUGAAGAGAAAAAGUACUGAGAAAUACAUUUAUUUGUGAGUUCAGCAGUGUUGAACACCAGAAACUUGUUAGGUGUCAACUGUCAUGAUCUUGAAUUCAAGAAAUUUUUUGGAUUUGGAUGGGUUACUUGUUUAUAUCGCUAUCAUACAUAUUUUAUCAGUGUUUUCUACAAGUACACCGUAUCACAGCAUAAAAAGUGAAUGGUUAAGAAAACGGAUUCAUACCUAAAUUAUAAACAAAUAUAAGUAAUAAUUUUAAUGAAAUCUGAAUAGAAUAGAAUCAAUACGUUACAAUCGUUCCAAUGGAUAUGGAAGAUGGAUUUGACGAGUUAUUAGCCGAAAUUGAAGAACCAAUAUCGCCAAAGAAACCAAAAAUUGAAUCUGAACAGGACCGAGUUCCACAGCCUGGUACUUCUAAUGAAACCAUAAGUAAGCCAUCUACUUCAAAGACACAUUGUGUUUUAGUGAAUCAGAGACAGAGAGGAAAUCCACUCUUAAAGUUCAUUACCAGUGUGCCAUGGGAGUAUGAUGAUAUAGUACCAGAUUACGAAGUUGGCAAAACUAUAUGUCUGCUAUUCCUUUCGUUGCGAUAUCAUAAUCUGAAUCCUGACUACAUAAAUAACAGGCUGAAAGAACUGGGAAAGAAAUAUGACCUAAGAGUUUUGUUAGUUCAGGUAGAUUUAAAAGAUCCACACACUCCAUUGAAGAAUUUAACGAGAAUAUGCCUAUUAACAGAUUUGACUUUAAUGCUGGCAUGGAGCCCAGAGGAGGCUGCGAAAAUAGUUGAGAACUACAAAAUAUACGAAAACAAACCACCGGAUAGGAUCAUGGAGAAAAUUGAAAAUGAUCCACAUCAGAAGAUCAUAAACGCCUUGUCAUCAAUAAAGCCUGUGAAUAAAACCGACGCAAUGACUCUCAUAACCACAUUCGGCACUUUGGAGAACAUCAUAAAGGCGUCCGAGUCGCGACUGGCUGAAUGUCCGGGUUUUGGUGCCACGAAGGCAAAAAAACUCUAUAAAGCACUUCAUGAACCUUUCCUAAAACGAAGUAAUGCAAGCAAGGAGAACACUACAGAAGUUUUUGAAGGUGAUCUAAAUGUGGAAGAACUGGAGAAAGUAGAAAAUGCAUUGGAAAAAGAAAUCCAGAAUCAAUGAUUUUUUUAUAAUCAUAAUAUUUUAUACGUUAUUUUAUUUAUUUAUACUAGGAAUUUAGCCUUAGUAUUGUUAUGUUUUAUAAAAGAUCCAUUAAAAAAUAAUAAGUAAUGUU